CUCGCUCCAGGAUACUUUCUACCCUGUUCUGCCUUCUGCAGUGCUGCUUGGCUUGUCCCAGAAGAAAUUCGCUUGGGUUGUUUAGUUAUCAGAUCUGCUGCUCAGCGUUAAUGUUCGACGAUUAUAUUGCCGUUUCUGUUAACUGCUGCAGCAGAUUUCUGUUAGCUCAUUACAGUACUGUACUUACUGGUGAUUGCGUCGGGGACAUCGUAAAUGCGGUAAUAAUAACUGGGGCUAUUCUCUGAUCACUGUGGCCUGUGGGAGUUCGGAAUUUAGACUGCUUUUAACUGUUCUUGUCAUGUUUUAUUUAAUUUUCGAUACGGAGAACUGAGACGCAGGGAACAAGAUCAUUAGAAAAAACAGGUCCCUUUCUUCCUCUGGACUGAAUCAACAGUUUAAGGGAAUACGCUCCCCGUGCCGAAGCCAAACGGAAACAUUCGCUAAUUUGACCACUCACUAUUGCGCGUUGGCGUUGAAAUUCCCGCCUUCAUACCCGUAUUUCACAACGUUAGCUCCGCCCGCCUGCGUAGGUUGUAGUUCUGUCUGGCCCGCAUUCUGUAAGAGCGCCGCACAACCCUGUCUGGCUUCAGUCACUAAGCAAUCGAGUUGUACGAGUUCGUACAACAACAACCAUCCACGCUACUGGGCCACUGGCUGAGUUUUCCAUUCAGCAAAGCAAACUGCCAAAAAAGAAAUCGGCUGCAUUAAACCGACCCAGGCGCUGGAAAGAGAACGGUUUAUCGCUCCAUUCUCUCGUUGGCGUGUGUCGUGUUUUUUCCCUUCUCAGCUUUCCUGCCACAUUUUUUACCCAUUUUAACUUGUUAUCUGUUACGGAGCUCUUUAUCUGCGCUGGACUGCGUUUUUUGGACAGCACAGUCUUUGUUUUCCGUUGUGACUUUCGUCGGAUCUGUACCUUUAUUUUAACAUAACUGGGAAUUUUGUCAAUUGCGCUAUCAUGCCGGACGCCCGAUCCGCGUGGUUGCAGCCGGAGCAGAUGGGCAGGACUGCCCGUGACUGGUCGGACAUCACCAAAGGCGCCUCCAAGCAGUUCCUCCCCACCCACCACCAUCAUCAGCACCAUCUCCAGAACCUCCAACACCAACAACGCCUGUUGGCCAACGGGAUUCUGGCUGUAUUUCCGGUGGUGCCCGUGAUGAUCGUCCCCACUCCUUCCCAUAUGCGCCACACCAGUCAGCCUCACCAUCAACACCCGGCUGCCUAUAAGUACAGGGAAGUCAAGCAGGCCCCGUCAGGGGUCCUGGGAGUGGGCAGCUCUAUACGCCAUUUCGGUGGGACUCCGUGGAGGGAUCCCGCCAGGAGAUACAACUCGGGGAUCAUCGGGCUGCACGAGGAGAUCGAAGAUUUCUAUGUAUGGAUGUCACCGACUGCCAGUGAGCGGCGGAUGCGUCAGGAUCUGGUCGACCGCAUUAGUGGCGUCAUCAAAGAAAAGUUUCCCGAAGCCACGGUGGACUACUUUGGCAGUUUCCGGACGGGUCUCUUCCUGCCAACCAGCGACAUCGAUAUGGUGCUCUUUGGCAAAUGGGAGGACACACUGCCGCUCCACGCCAUCCACCAGUCCCUCAUUGAAGCCGGUAUAUGUACGCCGGACGGCGUCAAGGUCCUCGACAAGGCUUCCGUGCCCAUCAUUAAAAUGACCGACCAGCACACGGGUGUCAAGGUAGACAUCAGCUUCAACAUGACAAACGCGGUGAACAGUGCCAAGUUAAUCGAGAAGUACAUGAGCCAGUAUGAAUGUCUACCCAAGCUGGUGUUGGUCCUCAAACAAUUCCUUCUCCAGCGUGAUCUGAACGAAGUGUUUACCGGUGGUAUCAGCUCCUACAGUUUGAUCCUGAUGACGGUGAGUUUCCUGCAGCUGCAUCCCCGUUACGUCCAGACCGAGCAAGCCAAUUUGGGGGUGUUGUUGAUUGAGUUUUUUGAGUUGUACGGACGGCAUUUUAAUUACAUGGAGACGGCCAUUCGGGUGAAGAAUGGUGGCACCUAUAUUACCAAAGACGAGAUGGAGAAAAGUAUGCCGCAAGGUUUCACCACGGCUUUCCUUAGCAUUGAAGACCCACUCCAAGAUGGUAAUGAUAUUGGACGGUCGUCGUACGGCGCGUUACAAGUCAAACAUGCUUUCGAUUAUGCCUACACUCAGCUGUCUCAUGCCGUAUUUGAUGAUGGUGGAUUUGUUGAUGCCGACUCGGAUGCGGAGAUUCCGACCGCCAGCAUUCUGGGCCGUAUCAUUCGCAUUGCGGACGAUGUGGUGAGCUAUCGGAACUGGGUGGAAAAGUGUUACGGUGACGGCAGCAAAGCGGGAGCUGGAAGCGUGGCCCAUUCUUCCAGCGCUAAAUCCUACGCCAGUAUUGUCAGCAUGAGCACACCGAAACAUCACGACCAUGGUCUGUCGUCCUGUGGCUCCUCCACCGCCUCGUCAUCCUCCUUUGACAACCGUUCCGUGUCGUCACGGGAUUCUGCCGGCUCUAGCAUCGGUGAUAGUGAUACGGAAUCGGAAUUGGCCAUGACCUCCAGCGCCACCGUCCGCGUCCACCAUUCCCCCACGCCCUCCAACCUUCCGGUCCACUUCCCGCACAACCAGGACCGUCCGGGUUCAGCUCCGCCCACCGGUCUCCACAAUCGCCCCCCCGUGACCACCAAAGACGCCUCGGUGCAAAGCGAUGUCAUUCCCCCGGAAACCGACCCCGAUGCCGACGACGACGCCCUGUCGGAAGCGAACUCCAUCCGCAGUGCCCGCAGCCAGCCGGACGAGAUCAAAGUCGUCUCCUACAACGACCCCAUCGCCAUUCCUCCGGCGCCCAGUACCCGUUCAUUGGACGGCAGUGAACGGCUGAACUACAAGGGCGCCGUCCUGAACAAUCAUCAUUCCGGUGGGAGACAUCUGCAGCCACCGCCGGGUGUCGUCCGCGGAGGGGGACAGGCGCCACCGCGUGGCGGUGUUACCUACCGGCGCGGCGGUGCUCACCAUCAUUUCUAUCAGAACGAGAACGAGGAGUGGAAUUAUCCGCGAAAUGGCGGUAAUAGGCUGCGGAAGACACGGGGAGGGAUGGUGCAGGGCGGCGUACCCCGCGGGCGGUAUAAUGGCGCGUACAAAUCGUAGCGGUGGCUGGUGUGUCGGUUGAUUAUCAUCCUCCUUGAUUCCCCCUUGCAACGAGAUUCUGGACUGUGCGGAGGGUCUUUGUAUAUCUUGUUCAAUUUGUCCCAUGGCGCGGAUAGUUUUUUCCAAAAAAAUUGAUUCAGUUUUUUUGGAGAAUUAUUUCGUUUGAAAAUUUUUUUUGUAAAAAUUCUUUUAAAUAUUUUCGCGGGGAAAAUGCAAAAAGGUUCUCUCAUUUUUUUUAAAAAUGGAUUUGAUUCAUUGUUCUCUUUACGGAGGGGAGUCCGAGUAGAGUUCGUCUGGCCGGGAAAAAAAUCGUGGAAAAGCAGUAUUCGAGUGGAGCAGAAUGUUGGUUGUCUUUGAAGCGAUGGCUUUAAAUGUGUUGACAUGUUGUUUUUGGAUAAAUUUGAUGAAACGAGUCAGUUGUGAUUGAAUGUUCGGAUACGAUAUUUGAGAUAUAGAUGGGAGAAAGAGAGGAUUUUUUGUAUUUUGUCCGUGGAAUAUGCUGCGGUUAUAGCUGUGUUUUGGGUCUUCUCAUCCAUUCCUCACUUUAUCGCUCUUAUUAUUUUUUUGAUUGAUUAGGAAUUUUUGAAUUAUACCUGUACACACAACAUGCGCGCCGCUAUCAUCCUGCUGCGUUCUUUUCUAAUUGAGCAACGUUAUUCUUUGUUUGUUUGGCCUGGGAAAUUUAACUACUGGUGCCAGUUUUUGUUUGUCUCCUUUCUCCAGCGUUUAUUGUGCAUGUAUAAUUAUGAUUAUUAUGGCCAUUCUGCAACUGACUCGUCAGCGAUGUGUCGGCUUGAUGUGAAUUCUUAUGUCCAGUGUGUGUUUUUGUCGAGGCUGUUGAGCAGCGCACACCAAAAAAAUAUAAACUGCCCAGAAACUUC